AUGCGUAGGGUUAUCGCUGGGAAGCAAGAAGGGAGCCGGGGCGUUCAGAGGACGGGAGUUGCCGGAGAGGCCAGGCCGGUCCACUCUUCGGUGAGAGCAGGAGCUACUCACACGCCGGGCCCGGGGGCCACCCCUUUUACCUGUGUUGGGACAGCAGGGGACGAGAGAGGAAGCCUGAGGUCAGAGGAUCCAACAGUCUUGGGACAUGAGUUUCCGACCCGAGUGGUCAAGAGCGGCUACUGUUCGGAACUCGAGCGCUCUGACCCUUCCCGGGGGGAAAGACACUACAGAGACGCUAGCUCAGCAGCCCCCCUACGUCCGGCCGGGCAUCCUCGGCUGCUGCGCAUCUCCCUUGCCCAGUCGCCCACUGGCUCCUGCAGGCUGCGCGGCGGAGGCAGGGAACGAGAGGCCGCGUGGCUUGGGGCGCCGAGGCCGGUACAGUGCCCUGCACGCCGGCCCCCAGGAGAGGCGCCGCCGACCGCGCCCUCGGGUGCGCGGGGACCCCGGGAAGCUGAGGCGGGCGACCCUCCCCGUCGCCCACAGCAGUCGGGCGGGCGGCCCGCCCUCGCCUCGGCCGGGAUCCUCAGGCUCAGAGAGGUCAAGAAACUUGUCCAAGGUCACAUAGCAAGUAAGCGUCCGGCAGGGCCGGGCCUCCGCACUCACCUUGCGAGGUCCCCUCCGCACACCGCGCGUCCCGCAGCCGCCGCCGAGACUGCGGCGCAGUGCGCGGGCGCGAGCAGGGCCGGGCGCGCGGGACGCAGAAGGGGGCGCCAGCCCGCCGGGCGCCGCACAAAACCCCCUUUCUUCCCACGCGCCCCGCCUUCCGCGCCGUCCCCGACUCUAGCCGCCCCCGCGGGGGGCUCUGCGCGGUCACGGGACCCGCCGCCUUCCUUCUCUGCGCCGGUUCCGGGCGGCAGCGGCCAGAGCGAGGACAAGCGAAGUAGGACAAGGUUCCGCGGACGGGAGCCCAGGACUUGCGGCGGGGAGGGCAGAAGGGGCGGGGAGGGAGCGACGGAGGGCGCUGUGGCGACGCCAGGAGGCGAGGGAGAACGCCCGAGGGACUUCCCAUUGGUCACACGGAGGAGGACCGACUCAAACUUCGUAGCGCAGAGGAUGGAGGGAUGACGGGAGCUUUGACUCGGGGAAAGAGGGCAUCGCCGGGUGAAACUGGGAAGCCGUUUACUGGGGCCAGAGAAGGUGCUGAUCAUCACAGCCUCCCCCCUUGUGGAAGUAUUGAUUGGACUGGGCUCCCUCCGUGCUCCCUCUCCCAGCACAGAGGAGGAGAGGAGCUGGCUUUGCCGUCAGUUGGCUAGGCGGAGGUGGGACAGCAGAACUACUGGUUAGGCAAAGCAAGUCAAGAAAGUCUGGGGCGUCAGUGGCUCAGCGAGUGGACGUUCCUGAUGGAGCAGACAUCAUAGGUUGCAAAAACCCAUGUGCAGAGGAGAGCCUGCUAGCCCCGGUUGGGCUGCCCAGUGUGUAGCCUGGUGCCCGGGGGUGGGCCUUGAGGACUGCCAGUUGCCCGCCCUCACUUUGCCCGUUGCUUCUCCCUCUUUCCCAGGCUCGCCACUUUCUCCUCUCCCGCCUGGGACUCUAGGCAAAGCCUUGGCACCAACUUGAGGCGACUCAGCCAGAUCCCUGCCCCUCAGUCCUCUGGACGCCAGCAAGGCCAGGGUGGGGGCCUUGGCCUCAUCAUCUCCAGAUCCCCAAAUGCACCCUGUGCACCUGAGACACCUUAACCCCCAAUCCAGGGAACAUCGGGACAGUUUCCCAACCAUGCCCCACCCCCAUGCUGUGGACUUAGUUCCAAAACGCCUUCAGAACCUCUAAAAAAACAAAGUCCUCUCCAAACCCUUAAAAGUUUAAAGAGAGGAUUCCAGCUCAUGCCGCCCACUGUAGGGACAGGACAGAAGGACCUUGGAACCAGAGCAGAAUCACGCAGGGAGGACAAAUACCAAGCAGUUGCAUCCAAAAGGAAGGCGACAGAGUGGGGCUCCUGAAGAAGCUGGGCAGGAGGUCUUCGUUUAUUCAUUCCAAAGUCAGCUCUGGACCCGGCCCUGUUUGGGCUUCUAAGACUGGUGGAGUCAUCAGUCCAGAAGGACUCCGAGGCUUUGGGGGCCAAGUGGGCUGCUCACUUGUUGCCAACUCAAGACCUGCUUCAGUGGAGCCCGGGGAAGAGGGCAAGCACUGAUCUGAAUGCCUGUGUUCAGGACAGCAACACUUCGGGAGGGAGCUGUGUUGUGAGUGAGGAGGCAGGAGAGCCGCACAAGCUGCGUCAUCACAGGGAAAGCGUGGGUGUUGGCUCUCAUGGUGGCCUUUCGUAA